AUGAUGCCUUCUGUCAGAAUAUCUACACGGUGUAAAGCCCCAAACGUGAGAUUUUUAUCUGCACAAGUGGCACCUAAGAAGAAGCUGUCUGCUGCUCAAUUGAGAAAAGAAAGAAAUAUCCUUGCCAAAUCAUCGUUAAGAGAUAUUCUAGACUCCAUAGUCCCAGGCAGUGUUCAAGACGACGAUGUCACAAAAUAUGAUCCCACCCCGGUAUAUGACGACUACAGAAAGUAUGACUCGCUUAGUUAUCCCCAACAAAGAUAUAUUAUAGACAGUUUUAAAGAUGAUAAAUUCAGAAAACCGUGGGGAAAGAUUCCAAAGUCUAUGAAAAGACUAAACUAUUACAUAAGUUAUGGAAACUACGGUCCUAGAGACGGAUUUCAACCGGUUGAGUCAGACCAGCCUAAUUUUGAUCUGCCAUUCAGGUUGCCUUCCAUCAUCACUACUCAUAACCCCAAGCCAUCUACACUAGUUAGAAAAUUACCCCCAGUUAACUACAAAACCUGCGGAGAAAAGAGAAAAGAACAGUACGAAAAGGAAAGAAGAAUGGACCCCAUUUCCAAGAUAAUCAUUUUCUCCACGCUGAUCCUCACUGUGAUCAACUUCAAACGAGAUCGUAAGGUGGUGAAUACUGAUCAUGUUCCCGUUAACGAGUACGAAGAAUACCAGAAGGUGCUAGAACAAGAAGAGAGAGAUUACAGAGAGAUGCUGGAGGCCAGGGAUAACCCGCAACCAUUUAAUCCCGAUUCCAAGGCUCAAAAGCGAAGAUGGUAUUAUUUGUGGAUCAGGUGA